AUCCCGAUAAUAAUAGAGUUAAAAACAAUAACGAGAUCACCGCUACCACCGGGAUAACACAUUACCACAUCAAUGGCUCAAUAAUAAAAGCAAUAUUACUACUAUACUGUUGAGUAAUGGAAAUAAUGGUUUCCUAUGUACUACAUAUACUAUACGCGCCGUAUAUAAUAGAGGGCGCCUUCGGCGCCACACUGUAUAUAGACUCACCCCUGUACAGAAUGUAUAUGUGGCCUGGCGGCGGCAGCUAUCAAGGUGAUACCAAGGGAGCUGACGGCACUGACAAUGCUAUAAGCAACAACAAAGGUGCCACUGAUAAGCAAGUCAAGGAACACCUCAAUGGACUAUUCUCUCUGGUCCAAGGACUAGGUGGUACCGCAGUGGUACGGACCUACAUAGACCAGUUGGCACAGGUACUCAGUGCACUCGUUGGGUGGAGUGAGAUAGAAAAGUGUUGGGACAAUGACAAGUGCAAGAAGGGUGAUAAGGUACAUCAUGGCACAAGAGAUGGCUGCGAGUAUUUAAAGGAUAUGGAGGCGAAGAACAAGUGUGGUGAUUGUGGGUGUAUGAAAUAUGUAGUGAUCCCGAGAGUCGAUUGGGUGCAACUGGGCAGGGGGUGUCAGAGGUGUAAGGAUAGUGGCACUGAAGAAGAGAAGAAGCAGCAGGAGUGUAAGUGUGGUGACUCCUGUACUGCUGCCACAUGCAAAUGCGCCAAAGAAGGCAGAUGCUGCAAGUGUUGUUGUACGGGUUGUAGUGGGUGUAAGAAGGAGUGUAGUUGUAUCGAAGAAGACAAAGACAAGGUCAACGACGCGUAUAACCGUGGCCAUCGUAUAUACAAUGACUCGUAUCAGUCAGCGUACUCUGAAACAGUUUUGAAAUCAUUCACAGGAGAAUCACACACGGUAAUCCGACAACCCAAGUGGAACGAUCUCAUUUACUUGCCAGAUUCUGAUACUACCUCCCAACGUCGCCACCGAUGUGCCCGUAUCCUCCUAGGCUCAGUAUGUCUCAUCUGGAGUGGCAUUACCUAUAUGCAUUGGACGGGCAAGUGGGCCAAGGGGAGUCCUUACUGGAACAAUCACAUCCUAGAUGGUUCCGGUCUUGACGAUGGAACACUAUCCCAAUGGUUACAGGCCCUAGGGUUUCCUAGGGAUAUGUUGAAUGACAAAGGGCCGAAAAAUAGAUUAGAUCAGGUUAUAUGGGAUGGGUUUAGGGAUAUGCUUUUCUUGGGAUUCCUGGAGCCUAGUGGCCUUGGUCAUGAUGUCAGUGACACCAAUGGUAAUACAGCCAGAGCUCCUUUCGGUAUGAAUUAUGCCGGUUUUGUGCAUACUGCACAUAGGGAUUCAUUCAACACUGAUCAAGCUACUGUCUUCCCUAAUGGCACAAGUUCUAGUAGCGCUGUCCAAAUCAGUGAAAGUAACCAGCAUAAAAACGGUGCCAUUUUCAAGCUCUACAUUCUCUCAUGUGCCUAUUUUACUGGGCUUCAGCAGAAGGCUCCGCCGAAGGCGGAAAAUAGAACCCCUAAGACAAUCCGGGAGAUCCUAUACUGGCUCAGUGCAUUACCCUAUAGUCAGGCAUACCCAGAGAUACUGGAGCAUUCCAAGGAAGUAUUGAAGAAGGUAGCACCAGAAAAGGAUGGUACUAAAACGCUCUCAUUCCUUCAAACAGGCCGCACAGCACCCAUUACCGUUCAUGAAUUCAACCUGUUUGCCCACUUCCAGGCAGUGACCCAGUAUUGCCCACUGCUCCUCAUAGGUAUCCAGGGUGGACUCAAAGGUAGUGACACCACUAAAGAACCUCCUAUACACUCCUUAUAUGCUAACACAGAGUGUUCCUUCACAUAUCCCACUGUGUCCAUCCAAGCAUACAACCAGGUGGUGCACUACAUUAGGGCUCUAUUCUACCAGUUGUACUUCCUUAGGAAGCAGUGUGCAGUGAAAGUUGCUAUGGGAGGGAAGUGGAGAGAGUGUAGGUAUGGUAAGGAUGUGGUGUCUAAGGGGGUAAUCAGCUGGAUGUGCCUGGGGUGUGACCCCAUGGAACAUGAUAGGAAAUGUAGGGUGGAUAAAGUAAAGGAGGAGUUGGGAAAAGUAGUGUCUAAGGGGAAAGAUACUGUUGCAGUAAAGGUAAAGGCAUUGCUAGAAGCUAUUGGUCAGGUAGUGGUACAAUUGGGUAAUGCCCAGGAGGCAUUGGAAGGGAAGAAGAAGGAGGCUAUAGAGGGGGUGAAGGGGAAACUAACGGAGGCUAGGGAGGGACUAGAAACGGCGGUGAAUGGGAAUGGUGGGAUGGAUGGGAAACUAGGGGAGGCCAAGAAUAAACUAGGGGAGCUGACGAAUGGUGGUAGUGGAAUACUAAAGGAUGUGGAGGAUGCACUAGGGACGGCUCAGAAUGAUGUGACAAAUGUUGAUCCCGGUAAGAACAAGAUAAGUGCUGCUAUCAAGGGAGUGCGCAAUGUAUUGGAUGAAUUACGAAAGGGAGUCGAGGGGCUGAAACAGGAGAAGGAAAACGAAAUCAUGUGUGGACUAAGUGAAGUAUUUGGUGUUCCUGUAGAAGAUAACGAAUUAGAAAAGGCGCUACAACAAGAAGUAUCCCACGAGUACACCGCACUCCUGCAGGCCAUCAACAAGCUCAAAGACAUAUGCAACACCGCAAAGUGCAGUGCAUGUGACCAACACUCCAACAAGUGUGGCAAACCAUCUCAACCAGGCAUCUGUGAGAAGUGCCUCCAACCCACUACCACUGGAGUCCCCUCCCCCCUCCAGGCAUUCCUCGAGGAUCGGCUGCCAGGUUUUAGUUGUGACGUAGUACGAAGCGAUGACAAUGACACUCCAAACUACCCACUGGCCUCAUCCCACUUGGGACACUGUAAUGGUUCCGGCCAAUGCUGCCCACUGCCAAUGGGUUUUAGAGGGCAAUUCCAAAAAGGUGUCACCAAUACUGGCCAACGCCUUUACGGCAUACUGUACUUCUUCAGUAACGAGAACAUGAUGCAGUCGUGUGUCUAUACACUAGUGAGGGUGACUUCUGCACUCAGUGCUACCACUCCACAGGUACUGGGUGAUGUCUUUGGGUUCUUUAGGGGUGGAGUAGGAAAUAAGGAGAGUGGAAAGACUAAGAAUGGAAGUGAUCAGCCGUGUAAGCACGAUGGAAAUCCAUCGACGAAGCCGAAUGACUACUUUUGCGGCUGGUGUGCCUCUGGGUUAAGGGAUGUAGUGAAUGACAUUGAGUGGGUACCAUCUGACAGUAAUCCAGGAGGGCACUACAUGAGCACUGUAGGAAAAGCACUAAGAGAUAUUAAGGGAGGCAAAGAUAGUGUGACUCCCCUAAAAUCCACUGCUACUACAACUACUACCACUAAUACAUCCCUCUCACGACUCACUGAGAACUGCCAGUACCUCUCCCCCCUAACCGGUGAGCUCUAUACCGCAGUGAGUGCCACGUUCGGUGGAACAUACCUCUCAUGGGUACUGUAUCUAUCAGAUGCCCUUCAUUCAGGACUAGAGUCACUGUCUGAGGCAUUCCUGCAAAUUGAAUGCCGGGGAUGUAAGGGACAAUGUGACCCCAAUAAGUGUAAGAAGGGUGAGCACGGACAGAAGAGUGAUGGACAGGUCUCUGGACUAUGCCAGUGCCAAUCAAUCGUAUCAUGUACCGGAGUCCUGCCGGUACUCUAUAGACAUGGCUUCAGUUACGGUAACCCAUUCAACCUGGAGGGGUACCAGCAGGAGGGGGAAAAGAAUGGAGACUAUAGUAUAGAGAAGAAAGACCCUAGGCUGUGUCAUCAGUUCUUGGACAGUCUUAGUGCAGUGAUCAAUAAGAAGAAGGAAUCCGAACAGAAGGACCAGGACAAACACCCACUCACGAAUCUCCUCUCCCAGGUAGGCCAACUCCAAUACGACAUACGGCUGCCCUGGAUCUUUGUCCUCACGUUAGCCUGGCUAGUGGCGGUACUCUAUCUUGCAUUUGGUGCCAUAUGGCCAUUGGACUGGGCACAUAUGAGGUCGCAUUGGUUAAGGGGUGGAGAACACCAGUGGCAAUGUAUGUGGUAUAAGGUAAUGACGGGACGCAAAGGAAUGGAACUGGUGGAGUAUUUUGGUCAACGUUUACUAGUGAUUUUAGUGAUGGUUUAGUAGGGUUGUUAGUGAAUGUUUGGCACAGAUAUGGCAGAAUUUUUGG